CAAAAAAGUUGCCGGAUUGCUUUUUAUUUUGAAGCCCAAAGGACGAUCAUAUCUAAAGAGAAAGAGGAUAUUUAAAGGCCAAUACAAUCCAGAGAAAAAACCUGCCUCCGUGUGAAUGCAGUCAGUGUCUGAAGCAUAGAACAUUUGGAGCGCCUUCCCGAGAGAAAGCAAGCCUGGGUCUAGAGUAACCUGACAGACUGAGCAGUGGGUCUUUCACCCAGAUCCGUCACUGGACUCUGCCACCCACCCAAUCCUUGAACCUAUUUGGAAUUUUUCUUAUGUGGAUCUAAGGGGAAUGCUUUAUUAUGGCUGCUGUUGUCCAACAGAACGACCUAGUGUUUGACUUUGCCAGUAACGUCAUGGAGGAUGAACAACAGCAGUGUGUUUGCUGUGCAGCCUCCGAGAGGAAAGAGGAUGUUGUCGAUCCCACAGACCUCAGGCUUGAGCUUGGUGAUCCGGCGAUUUUUCCUGCUGUAAUUGUGGAACAUGUGCCAGGUGCUGGUAUUCUCAACAGUUACGCUGGGUUAGCCUGUGUGGAAGAGCCCAAUGACAUGAUCACUGAGAGCUCCCUGGAUGUUGCCGAAGAAGAGAUCAUAGAUGACGACGAGGACGAGGACGAUGACAUCACCUUUACAGUGGAAGCUUCCUGUCAAGACGGGGAUGAAACGAUUGAAACCAUCGAGGCUGCCGAGGCACUCCUCAAUAUGGAUUCGCCUGGCUCGAUGCUGGAUGAAAAACGACUAAAUAAUAAUAUAUUUAGUUCAUCUGAAGAUGACAUCGUUGUUGCCCCAGUCACCCAUGUAUCUGUCACGCUAGACGGGAUUCCUGAAGUGAUGGAAACGGAGCCAGUUCAAGAGGCGUUUGUAGACUCACCAGGAACCUCAUCACCAGAACCACCUAAGAGGAAAAAAGGGAGAAAAAGUAAACCACCACGACCAGAUUCCCCAGCCGCCACACCAAACAUAUCUGUGAGGAAGAAAAGCAAAGAUGGGAAGGGGAACACAAUAUAUCUUUGGGAGUUUUUACUGGCACUGCUGCAGGACAAAGCUACCUGUCCUAAAUACAUCAAGUGGACCCAGCGAGAAAAGGGCAUUUUUAAAUUGGUAGAUUCCAAAGCCGUGUCCAGGCUGUGGGGGAAGCAUAAAAAUAAACCUGAUAUGAAUUAUGAGACCAUGGGAAGAGCUCUCAGGUACUAUUACCAAAGAGGUAUUCUGGCCAAAGUGGAAGGACAGCGAUUGGUGUAUCAAUUCAAGGAGAUGCCCAAAGAUCUUAUUUAUAUAGAUGAUGAGGAUCCAGGUUCCAGCCUAGAGUCGUCCGACCCGUCACUGACUUCAGCGCCCACGUCAAGUAGGAACCAAGCAAGCCGAUCCAGGGUACCUUCAAGUACAGGAAUAAAAGCAGGAGCUGCUGCCCCUCUCAAGCCAGGGACCUCGAAAGCUGCAAAACCCAAAGAUCCUGGGGAAGUUGCACAGCCACCUGAAGUGGUGAGGACCGUGCGGCACGCACAGCCUGUGUAUCCCACCCAGCUCUUCCGGACUGUUCACGUCGUGCAGCCAGCACAGACUGCCCCAGAAGGAGAAGCAGCCGGAGCCAAUAGCAUGCAGGAGGAAACUGUACAUGCCUCUGUUCCGAGUAUUAGGACUAUCCAGGCUCCAGCCCAAGUCCCAGUGGUGGUUUCCCCAGGGAGCCAGCAGCUGCACACAGUAACCCUGCAGACAGUGCCACUUACAACAGUCAUAGCCAGCACGGAUCCGUCAUCCAGUGCUGGCUCGCAGAAGUUCAUCCUCCAAGCCAUUCCGUCCUCCCAGCCCAUGACAGUACUGAAGGAAAAUGUCUUGCUGCAGUCCUCAAAGCAGGGCUCUCCUCCUUCCAUUGUCUUCAGCCCUGCCCACGUUCAGCAGGUUCUUACUAGCAGCGUUCAGUCCAUUUGCAAUGGGACCAGCAGCCUGGCUUCAUCUCCGUCUUUCAGUGCCACCACCCCUGUGGUGACCUUCUCUCCUCGAAGUUCACAGCUGGUUGCUCACCCGCCUGGUACUGUCAUCACUUCAGUUAUCAAAGCUCAAGAAACAAAAACGCUUGCUCAGGAAGCAGAGAAAAAGGAGGCGGGGCAUAAUUUGAGGGAAGACACAGAGAAAGCAGAGCCCCACCCUUAUGUGAUGGUGGUGGCCAGCUCCAAUGGACUGACCUCGCAGGUGGCUGUGAAGCAGAAUGAACUGCUGGAGCCCAACGCUUUUUAAUUCUUACACCAAAGGAAUUAUAGAUGAUUGUUUUUUAAUUGAACAUUUCCACUUGUUGGCAAAUGAUCUGAUUCUAUGACAAAUUCAGCAGGGGUUCCUCAUUUUUGUAACUAAUGUUAUAAUUGAGAGUUAAUUUUGACUUUGUUGGAUGAGGGAGGGGAAAGCCAAGUGUUUUUUGUUUGUUCUCCAAAGGUUUCCAAAUCCAAUUUUGAAGGAACAGACAUUUUUAUACUAUGAAAGCAUUCUUUUUCGUUUUAUUUCAGUUGCUACACGAUACACAUUUUAAAACGUUUCUAAUUUUACAUUUUAACAAACUUUCUGAUGUGUUUGUAAGUAAGUACUUAAGUGUAAGGUAACAGGAAAUUUAUGUAAGAACUGUUUUCAUUCCAUGUGCAUGUUAAGAAAGCCUUGAUGCUUUCAGGUGCAAAGAACCUAUUCUAUGCUUUGUUAAAAUUAUGGCUUCAUUUAGAUGACUUUAGUUGGUAGCACUAUGAACUCUGGAUAUGUAAAGUAGAACAUUUAAAUCAUGCCCACCGUGUGGCUGAAUCUAGACUGCUAUGGAAUUCUCUCCAGAAGCAAGAUUGCAUUCCUGCCUGUGAGCCACUUUCCUUAACUCGCUGUGUAACUUUGAGCAAGCCGCUUACUCUUACUGGGCUUCAGUUCUGCUCAGAAAAGGACGUGGGAAGUUGUGUGUUCGACUGGACUACAUCUGAUUUUUCUUCAAUUAUAAAUUUUGUGGCUUUAACUCCUACACUUUAAUUUCCUAGAAAUGAAAAAACAUUACCAAGUUAUAUCUUAAUGUAAAUGUAGCUAAAAUACAGAAGAAAAAAAAAGUGGCUCCACAAAAUCCAUUCUUCUAUUAUCAGUAAUAUCUGCCAUAAGCUUAAAUUCUUCCUAAAGGUUUUGUUCAUUAACUUUGUGGGCUGUCUUGGGCCAUUACUGAGUGCUUAAUGAUGUACUGCUAGGGUAAAAGAGUCAAAGACUGAAGGACCCAGAAAGCAACUUGAACAUUGGGCUAAUCUAGCCAAGUCAUCAGUUGCUAUAAACGCAGAAUUGCUUUAUGUUUUGGAUCACUUUUUUAAAUUGGGGGUGAAGGGUGGGGGAUUGCAUACAAAGAUAUAUAUAUAUAUAUACACACACACACAUAGAUGCAUUUAUAUCCUAGUUUCUGAAAUGAAAGUUUUUAGAUUGAUUUCCAACUGUAAAUAAUGUAUAUUUACUUUCUCAAGAAAAAUGGUUUCCUUAAAAUUUCCUAGUGUAGCAAGGAAGCAUUUUUGUAGGUGAAAAAAAGUGUUUAGAGAUCUAAUGUAUGUUUUCAUAUUGCAGAGCAAAUUUGUAUUUAAAAAAUUUUUAAAUUUUGGAUUUCCUCUAAACUUUUUUGUAUCUUUAAUUGGUUUAUUA